CACUGGUCAACUGUUAAAUAAAGUUUUCUCGCGUUUGAAUGAAACAUGGCUGCCACUGAAGUCGGAUGUGAGCAUUAUGUUCGCAGCUGUUUGUUAAAAGCGCCCUGCUGUGGGAAGUUUUAUGUUUGCAGACUCUGUCAUGAUGGUGAAGAGAACCAUCAAAUGGACCGAUUUAAGGUCCGAGAGGUCAAGUGUGCAGCGUGCAAUACUAUUCAAGAGGCUCAACAGACGUGUAAAGAAUGUGAAGUCAAGUUUGGAGAGUAUUACUGUAACAUCUGCCAUCUGUUUGACAAAGACAAGAAGCAGUACCACUGCCAGCCCUGCGGGAUAUGCAGAAUUGGCCCAAGAGAGAAAUACUUCCAUUGUACGAAGUGCAAUUUAUGUUUAGCCACUGAUCUUAAAGAUAAUCACAAGUGUGUUGAGAACGUCUCCAGGCAGAACUGCCCUGUGUGUAUGGAGGACAUCCACACGUCCAGAAUAGGGGCUCAUGUGCUCUCGUGCGGCCAUCUGCUACACAAAACAUGCUUUGAGGACAUGUGCAGAACUGGUGCUUACCGCUGUCCCCUCUGUAUGCACUCUGCCUUUAACAUGGAGGAGUUCUGGGAACAGAGAGAUAUGGAAAUUGCCCAGUCUCCCAUGCCCACAGAGUACCAGGACACUAAAGUAAAGAUCAUAUGCAAUGACUGCCAGGCUCGUUGCACGGUUGCCUUCCACGUGUUGGGCAUGAAGUGCAGCACCUGUGGCUCUUACAACACGGCACAGGACGGCGGGCUGAUUGCGCCCCCUGCUAUAGACACACGACAGCCUGCGGAGCAGCCGCUUGAAGAAGAGACCGACGCGCAGCACCACGAGUGACGUUUAGGCCCGGAGAUCACCUCCCAGUUAAGCUUUUAUAGAACUGACAUAUAGAAAUACAAACUCUUCUCACUCAUUGCUUGUACAACUGCUCGCAUUUUUUUUUUUUUUUUGCUGGAUUAAACUGGAUGAGAACUUUUUUUUGAGCCUUCUUUAAUUUUCUGUGAUGGAAACCGACUGAUCUAGCACAGUAAAAUUUGCAACAUUUCACUUUUUUUUUUUAUAUUUCACAUGCAUUUUGUCAUAACAAGUGUUAAAGAUAAUUCCGCGCUACGAGGAUAAACUAUUAUCUGCUUUAUGGAUGAAUGCUGACUGAAUCCUCAACAUGAGCUUGGGGACAGUUGACAUCAUUGCUGAACUUUUGUUAAUUUUAAAAUGAUUUAAUGCUAUUUAUUGGUUAAUGCUGGGCAAGAAACAAACAAAUGAUCAUGUUGCAUAAUAUUAUAUAUAUAUAUAUAUAUAUAUCCCCCAUUUAAUAAAAAACGGUCGUUAUCUUAUUUUCUUAAAGAUUUCCUUCUAUGAAGAAUCUUGUCCUCAAUAUUUUUUUAUUACAAGUUCAUGUUUUGAUUGUGACUCCAGAUGUUGUUAUUUGUAGGACAGACUCUCAGGCAUUUUGAACAUGAAUUUACCAGUUUUAUCGCACAUUACUUGCUCAGUGAGAUCAUUCAUUACCCAUUAGGUUGCACCAUCCUGUUAUGAUAUAGCGGUAAUAACAUCUGCAGUAUCUCCUGUGGGUUAUUUUUCACCUUCACGUAUGUUUGCAGGCAGCAUUAAAUGUUGAGCUCACCAUUGUUGAAAGGGAUGUGAAAUACAAGUUCUUGCUGUUUUUUCCUUUGGGUUUUUAGAGAAGCGCUUUUGGAUUUACGAGUGGCAUUGUCUUUGGUUGACAUUACAUUAUAUUUCAAAAUAGUUUUAACCUCAUGUGAAUUUUAAAGUUGCUGUUUUUUUAAAAACAACAUGUUGCAUACAAGUGGUUCAUUUGUUUAGUUUUUUUGAAGUCUACAGACCUUUAGGUCACUGUUUUGUCACCUAGUCUUACUCCUUGUUAGAUUGCAGGAAAUGUUCCCACAGUUUUACAUGUUAUUUAUUUAGUGGUGUUCACCACAAGUAAUAGGCUGCAGUGUUACCUGGUCAGAAAUAAUUAUCGAAAUGGCUUCUCUUUGGCAUUUUGCACACCGAUGACAUCUUGAACCCAGUCUUUUUGAAAAGUUGGUGAUGUUAAAUGGUAUUGAAUCGAUAGAUUUCUGAAACAUACAUGCACUCCAUGUCCUCAGUCAUUCAAUAAAUAAUUGAUUUUGUGUUACUGUGUAAUUGUUGCCGAGUGUGAUGAAAAAAUAAAAUGAAAAAUGUUUGAAAAAAA